AUGCCUCCUGCCAGCUGCUGCACACUGUCCCCCAAGACCUGCACACAGGACAUUGGAUGGAGCUGUCACGGGGCCUGUAUUGGGAAUCAGGCAGCUGAGAGCCUGCCAGAGCUCUGCACAGUGAGGACAGCAACAGGCAGGCCGGCUGCACACCUUGACCGAGCCCCUGGAGCAGGCCUUCCUGGACAGCUUCCCUACCAAUGGGGCCUUCUUCCCAGACCCCACAAGGGCCUGCAUUUCCUUCCUGCAGGAGGGGAUGCUGGGAAGCUGCUGGACCGGCUCCAGCCCAAGCUGAAGUAUCAGCUGCAGAGCCCAUGCCAGCUCCACCUGAAGCUCCCUGCCCAACUCUGCCACCACAGCCAGAGCCAGCACCAGGAACCCCUUCUCCACCAGCUGCACAGCUGGGGCUCCCGGUGCCUCCUCAGCGGGUGUCAGCUCCUGAGCUCCCCCUGGGGCCAGCUUCUGCCCCAGGCCUGCCGUUCCCCUCCAUUACUGUUGGUCACGUUAAGCCAGGUGCUGUUACGCUUUUGCACUGAGCCCCGCUACUCACUGCCUUGCCGUGAAGAAAGGGUCAUCCAGACAGAGUCGGGCCUCGAGGGGGCAGUUCUGGGUAGAAGCAACUGUGAGAACCAUCUGUGCUUUAUAGAUCCCACGAUAAUGCACCCAGAGGCCGCAGCAACUUCUGCCCAUGAUCAUGGAAUCUGUGGAACGGACCUGUGAUCAGACACGCCCAGUAGUAGCUCCACUAAAUCAUGGAUUCUGACUGUCUGUGUUUAGAUCUGCGAACAUCUAGUA